GCCGGGAGGCGCUGCCCGACGUUGAACAGCUCAGUCCGGCGAAGGAGGAGAGAGCAGAGCUCCGUGUCUGGCCGUCCCCCCGCUUCACCCCUCCCGGCUUUCCAUGUCAGGGGCCACACUGCUCGCGAGGUGCCUGCUGGGAGGAGGAUGAUGACCAUGAACGGCAAGCAGCAUUUCUCCAUGCACCCGGCCCUGCACGAGCCCAAGUACACCGGCCUGCACUCAGGCGCGGAGGGCAUGCGCAGAGUCUGUCUGCCCGCCCCGCAGCUGCAGGGCAAUAUAUUCGGCGGCUUUGAUGAGAGCCUGCUGGCGCGGGCAGAGGCUCUGGCGGCGGCUGACAGCAUCGUCUCUCACGGCAAGAGUCACCCGUUCAAACCAGACGUGACUUACCAUACCAUGAGCAGUGUCCCCUGCACCUCGGCCUCCUCCUCGUCCUCGUCCUCCUCCUCCGCCGCCGCCGUGCCCAUCUCCCACCACGUCCCCACCACCAUCGCCGCCGCCUCCCACCACCACCACCACCACCACCACCACCUCGGACAGAGCCUGGAGGCCGGGGACCUCCUGGACCACCUCUCCUCCAGCCUGGCCGUGAGCGGCAUGGGUGUUUCGGAGCCUCCGGGGAUGAACGCGCCGGCGCACCACCACCAGCACCAGCACCAGCACCCGCACCCGCACCCGCACCACCACCUGCAGACCAUGGGGCAGCUGCACCAGGCGAUGGCCAACAUGGCGCACCCGCACUCGCUGUCCGCGCACGGCGGCAUGGCGUGCGUCAGCGACGUGGAGUCCGAUCCCAGGGAGCUGGAGGCCUUCGCCGAGCGGUUCAAGCAGAGGAGGAUCAAACUCGGGGUGACGCAGGCGGACGUCGGCUCGGCGCUGGCCAACCUCAAGAUCCCCGGAGUGGGCUCCCUGAGCCAGAGCACCAUCUGCCGGUUCGAGUCCCUCACGCUGUCGCACAACAACAUGAUCGCGCUCAAGCCGGUGCUCCAGGCCUGGCUGGAGGAAGCCGAGGCUGCGCACCGGGAGAAGAGCAGCAAGCCGGACCCCUUCAGCGGCGGCGAGAGGAAGCGAAAGCGCACGUCCAUCGCGGCGCCGGAGAAGCGCUCGCUGGAGGCCUACUUCGCCAUCCAGCCGCGGCCCUCGUCGGAGAAGAUCGCGGCCAUCGCCGAGAAGCUGGACCUGAAAAAGAACGUGGUUCGAGUUUGGUUCUGCAACCAGCGGCAGAAACAGAAACGAAUGAAAUACUCGGCGGUGCACUGAGAUUGGCCCGUCAUGAAUAAAAUAGCCCACUGCAUUUUUGAUCGAGUAAUUAAUAAUGGCCUGAGUAGCCUAACAACAAGAAAAAAAAAAUAAUAAUAGAAAAACGUCCAACCGAGCAGGGAUCUAUCGACAGCUCGUCCUCACCUCGCAUCUGGGAUUUAUCUCCAACAAACAGACUUCUGAUUCGAUUCUGUUUUCCCUUCAUUUCGUGUCACUCACUCUUCGCUGUUGCACUUUUUUUUCUUCCUGAAAUGCUCUUUUUUUGAUACGAUAUGGGACUAAUCGAUGACUGA